AUGUUAAACAUCAAGUAUACGCCAGAAGAAUCACCUAGUCCAAGCAGGUGGGGCAGUUCUCGUGGAGAAAAUUAUGUACUGGAUAAGAGUUCUUCAGGAAGCAACAAACGCCCAUCAAAAAAUAUAUCCAAACGAGAUGCAUUAGAAAAGUAUCAAGAGCAUGAUGAUGGUUCGAGUUACAUCAAUGAUUUCGACAUUGAGGGAAGCGAAGAUUUGAAUCUUUCUUACUCCAAGUUUUCUCGUAUAUCGGGAAUAUCGUUACUAAGUGGUGAUGAUUCCAAUAGACUGAACUCUAUCUCAGGUUCGCCUUUCGUUAAGAAUAUUCAAACAAGGUUGCAGGACAUCAAGUUUGAAGAAGAACGGAAAUUGAAUAGUCGAGAUAGUGGUCGGCCAAGUACCAGACUUAACAGACCUAAAAGCUCACAGGGUAGAGACAAGCUUAUGUAUCUGAUAGACGAAGGGACUCUGAAAAAUGCAAAUGAUGAAAACGAAUCACCAUUUCUAGAGCAUGCUCCUAUAUUGAAAACACCGAUAGAGAAGAUUGGUUCCACUUUUGAAGAUAAUUUCGACUUAAGGCCAAAGAACUAUGACCACCUUCAAAAUCCCAAAAUUAGAGGAUCUUCUGAACAACCAGAAAACUAUGCAGCGAACGGCUCGAGGAUUCCUAUCAGCUUAACUCCAGAUAAAAGGAGGCAGCAACGGAUGUCCUCAGUAAAGGUAUCUUUGACUCCGGCUCAGCGGUUCGAGAAGAGACCAGGCACCAGACUGACAAAUGCUUUGGAGAAUUUUCAAUUCUCCUCUUUGGUUGGUAGAGGUGCCUCGGCUAACGUAUUCAAAGGUAUUAAUUUGAAAACGAACCAGGUAGUAGCCAUAAAACAAAUUAUUCUAGAAAAGAACCAAAAUGUAAUGGAAUUAAUGGGAGAAAUUGACUUAUUGAAAAUAUUAAAGCAUCCCAAUAUUGUCAAGUAUCAUGGGUUUGUAAAAACUUCAACAUCUCUAAAUGUUUUUCUUGAGUUUUGUUCCAAAGGAUCUUUACGACAAUUAUACCAACUUACAAAUCAUGGUUUACCGGAAGGUCAAAUAAUCGGUUUUGUAAGACAAAUUUUGCAGGGUUUACACUAUUUACACGAGCAGGGGGUAGUUCAUAGAGAUGUAAAGGCUGCAAAUGUCUUAAUUACAGAAGAUGGGUUUAUAAAGUUAGCAGACUUUGGAGUUGCUACAAAGGUAUCCUCUCAGCAUGAAACGGUGGUUGGUACACCUAAUUGGAUGGCUCCUGAAACAGUUUUGGGCGGUGAGGGUCUUUGUACUGCUUCCGAUAUUUGGUCUCUUGGUGCAACAAUUAUAGAAUUAUUCACGACUAAUCCUCCUUAUCAUGACUUCAAUCCCAUGGCCACCCUUCAUGCUAUAGGCACAGAUGAUCAUCCUCCUCUACCAAAGAAUAUUUCACCUUUGGCUAAAGAUUUCUUGUUAGAAUGCUUUCAAAAGCAACCUAAUCUUAGAAUCAGUGCCAAGUCUCUCUUGAGGCACAAAUGGGUAACUAAAUCAACCAAAGAAAAACAUGUCUUGGAGGUAUCAUCUCAACUGAAUCCUGACAAACAUAUCCCUAACCCUGUAUCUAUUCAUAAUUAUUCUGAAUCUAAUGAAGAAAACUGGGAGAAUGAUUUUAUUGAUAUAAACCUAGCUCGAAUGAAAGCUUCAUCGGCAGAUUCACUGCAUUCUCCAUCUAAACACAAUGAAAACCGUUCAAAAGUGUCAAAAAGUGAAUUAUUAAACAAAUUUUUAGAUAAGAAUGAAGACUUUGGGUUUGAACUGGAAACACCUACUAUGAUUUCAAAGUUUGACAAAACCGAUAAUUUGCAAGUGAACUUGGAGCCUACUAAUCUCGAAGAAUUUCCGCGUGAAGAAGAAGAAGAUCCAUUUCUAGAGAUUGAUAUUGAAGAUUUCAAUACCAAUGAGUUAGAGGUUCAAAGUAAAAUGGAAUUCUUAACAACAAAGUUUUCAAAUAGAGUUGACCUUUGUCAUUCUGGUAAUGAUGAAGUUAUUUCCUCAUUGAUCAAAAUAACUGGAAGAAUGUUACAUUUGAUCAAGAAAUAUAAUAUACUGCAUGACGUUUUAAUUAGAGACCAUGGGAUUUUAUCCUUGUUAGAAUUACUAGAAAAUGCUCCAGAACUCCCAAAGCAUCAGAAAUUAUGGUUGCAUACAUUAUCUAUUUUGAAUAAUAUUUUCGAAAAUAAUACUUCCCAAUUUGAAAAUUUCUGUUUAUUGGGCGGUAUACCCGUAGUUACUCAUUUUAGGAGCUCAUCUUAUGAUCCACAAGUGAGGUUGCAAGUUGUUAAAUUUAUUAAGUUUUUAAAUAACUCCGAAAAGGCGUUAUCAAUGUUUGUUUCCUGUGGUGGUCUUCGUGUUUUAUCUAAGUUUGUUGAAGAGGAUUUUGAUGCAACUCCUGAAUUUCCUUUAACUUCAAUUGAUUGUAUUUAUAAUAUCUUGUCAAAAGACUUGACAAGAUCAAAAUCUAACCUAUGUCGUAUCUUAUCAAAAUAUGGAGUUAUAUUCUGGUUUGUUGUUCUACUUAAUAGGCUUACAAAGUCUCAUUCAAAAUCAGCCCCAGAUGGAAUAUCACAGGACCAAAUUUAUUCAACUAUAAACAAAAUAAUUGAAAUUAUUAAAUACUUCGGUCAAUCUGAAACUAGGGUACGGGUUAAUAUUUCAAACAGUGACCUAUUCAAACUUUUAAUAAAGGUUUAUCCAAAUCUACAAUACCAGCAUCAAUUAGUAAUAUUGAAGUUCUUUAAAUCCAUUUCCCAGAUUUCAGACAUACUAAAGGCCUUGUAUUCUGCGGAUAUUUUGGAAUUCCUUGUGAGAAUAAUGGAAUUCUACACACCUUCAACAGAACAUUACAAAGAGGUCAUAAACGUCGUAUGUCCUACAUUGUAUAACUGUUGUUAUUUAAAUCAUGCAAGAGAAGUUGAUCUUGUGAGACUAGGAGCAGUGCCACAUCUAAAGGCCCUCUCCAAAAUCAACCUUCCGUUCCGUCAAUUCGUUUUGCCGAUAUUAUGUGAAUUAGUUCAUUGCGAUGAUUAUGUGAGACAAAUAUUAUUUAAACAAGAUAUUUUAACUGUGUAUUUCAAUUUGCUUAUAGAUCCAUAUUGGCAGUCAAAUGCAUUAGAUUCAAUUCUCAGUUGGUCUCAACAAACUUCGGAUCAAGUGAAGUUAGAUACACCUAAGGCUAUGAAUUGUUUUGUUGGGGGAUUUAUGCUACCUAAGGUAUCAAAUUUGGAAUCCACCUUAGACAGUUACUUGAAAUUGAUAACAGUCGAUAAGGCAGUAUGCUACUUAAUGGUCAAAGAGUCAAUAAUCAAUAACAUCUUAUUCAAAUUGAACGUUCAUAAUAAAAAUCCGGUAGUACAAUUGAAUCUACUUCGUAUUUUAAAGAACCUUGUCAAUACAGGGAAGAAAACAAGGGUGCUUGACAACUUAGACAUUUCCCAAAAUAUAAUUACUACCUUAAAUACAUUGAAGUCCCGUAAAACAUCAGUUUUAGUGGAUGAAUUAGCAAUGGAAAUAGUUUCUCUUGUUAUUUAG